AUGGCUAUGGCAGUUCGAAAUACAACAAAUCCAGAAGAACUAGAGAUAGUCAUCCAUAAAGUUGCCUCAGUUCAAUUCAGAAGUCCUUCGUGUGAUCUAGUACAGAAUACAAGGGAUUACCUCAACAAAUGCGUUCCUCUCUACAACCUUGCAAUUAAAGGGGAUUGGAAAGAAGCUAGAACCAUAUUAGUUGCAGAUAGCAGGUUGGUUAAUGCUGCAAUCUCAAAGGGAUGGGCAACACUACUUCAUGUUGCAGCAGAAGCAAAUCAUUUGUACUUCAUAGAGGAGCUUGUGAAACUGCUGAAUGAAGAUGACUUGGAAAUACAAGACUACAAAGGCAACACUGCUUUCUGCUUUGCUGCUGCUGUUGGAAAUGUAAGAAUUGCUGAAGCUAUGGUAAGAAAAAAUAGGAGGUUGCCAACUAUCAGGGGUGGAGAAGGAGUAACCCCACUUCACAUGGCUGCUUUACAAGGACAAAGGGAAAUGGCAAUGUAUCUGUACCCUUUAACCGUCCACAUAUUCAACGAUGGAGAUUGGAGUUUAUUGUUCUUCCUUUGUAUCAACACUGGUAUAUAUGAUUUGGCUUUAAAAAUGUUACAAACCAAUCCAAUUCUAGCAUUGGCUAGGAAUGAGAACAAUGAGACGGGCUUUCAUGUUUUGGCUCGAAAGCCUUCAGCUUUUAAUCGUCAAGGUCGAAGGUAUCAAAAUCAGCUCAUGAACUCAAACAAAUUGAGGACACAACAUUUUAUAUUUAUUAGAGCAUAUAGAACAAGGGAAUAUAUUCUUCAUAUUCUUGAUAGUUCGAAUCAGGUUAUUGAUUUCAUGGUCACUAGUUUAUAA